GUUGUUCCGGGGAAGCGCGCUCCAUUCUUCAGCUAAAGAAAGCGCUAGAACUGUGCUGUGAAGACGGUAACCGUUGUAUUUAUUACUACAGGCCAACUCCGAUUAAGUCUGAGGCCGGUAACAUCAACAGUGAGGACAAACCCAGCCUGCCUCUCUCCUUCCACACUGAGUCCAAACCUACAGUCACUGGUUCCUGAUUGUGACAGUGGAGCCCAGUUUGUACUGCAGGGUCCAGAGAUGGCAUCAGUGAAGCUGGAAGACUGCAGUCAAACACUGGAGCUGAAUGUCAACAUUAAAGAUGAAGAGGAGGAGGAAUCGGUUUCUCUUAGACAACUAGAAUUAAGUCUGAGGCCGGUAACAUCAACAGUGAGGACAAACCCAGCCUGCCUCUCUCCUUCCACACUGAGUCCAAACCUACAGUCACUCGGUCCUGAUUGUGACAGUGGAGCCCAGUUUGCACUGCAGGAUCCAGAGAUGGCAUCAGUGAAGCUGGAAGACUGUAGUCAAACAAUGGAGCUGAAUGUCAACAUUGAAGAUGAGGAAGAUAAGAUUGGGAAAUCUAUUUCUCAAGGAUACCGUGUUGAGACAUUCUCUACAUCCAGAGAGAAACAGCAGGAAGAUCAUGGAGCUAAGAGUUCUCACCACUGCCCACAUUGUGAGGAGAAUUUUUCAAUUCUAUCAAAGCUAAAAAUACACCUAAAAAUACACACAGGAGAGAAUCUGUAUUCCUGUACUGACUGUGGGAAGAAUUUCACAACAUCAAAGGCUCUGACAGUUCAUCAGAGAGUGCACAGAGGAGAGAAGCCCUACUCCUGCUCUGACUGUGGGGCGAGUUUCUCUCAACUGGGCACCUUAAAAAGACAUGAACGUAUACACACAGGAGAGAAGCCUUACUCCUGCUCUGACUGUGGAAAGAGUUUCUCUCAACUGGGCGACUUAAAAACACACGAACGUAUACAUAGAGGAGAGAAGCCUUACUCCUGCUCUGACUGUGAAAAAUGCUUCAAAAGAUCAACUGCUCUAAAAGUUCAUCAGAGAAAUCACACAGGAGAAAAGCCUUACUCCUGCUCUGACUGUGGAAAGAGUUUCUCUCAACUGGGCGACUUAAAAACACAUGAACGUGUACAUACAGGAGUGAAGCCUUACGCCUGCUCUGACUGUGAAAAAUGCUUCAAAACAUCAACUGAGCAAAAAGUUCAUCAGAGAACACACACAGGAGAGAAGCCUUACUCCUGCUCUGACUGUGGAAAGAGGUUCUCUCAACUGGGGGACUUAAAAACACAUGAACGUAUACACACAGGAGUGAAGCCUUACGCCUGCUCUGACUGCGGAAAGAGUUUCUCUCAACUGGGCCACUUAAAAACACAUGAACGUAUACAUACAGGAGUGAAGCCUUACUCCUGCUCUGACUGUGGAAAGAGUUUCUCUCAACUGGACAACUUAAAAAGACAUGAACGUGUACAUACAGGAGUGAAGCCUUACUCCUGCUCUGACUGUGGAAAGAGCUUCUCUAAACUGGACAACUUAAAAAGACAUGAACGUAUACAUACAGGAGUGAAGUCUUAAUCCUGCACUGAUUGUGUAAAAUGCUUCACAACAUCAAUUGACCUAAAAGUUUGUCAAAGAACACACACAGGAGAGAAGCCUUACUCCUGCUCUUAAUAUGGCAAGAGUUUCUACCGAUUGGGCAAUGUAAAGACAUACCAACGGAUACACACUUGACCGAAGCCUUAUCACUGCACUGACUGAGAAGAGAUUCUACAGAUUGGGCCAUUUUAAGAAACCAAUGUAUACGUAAAGGAGAGAAGCCUCAUCAGUUCUCUCAGACCAGCUAAGAUUAGUCACUCCACUUAAUUCUCAUGUCAUUAAAUAAUUGGCAACAUUGAAUUGGAUCAAAUGAAGCAUAGAACACUAUAGUAAAAAAAAACAUUAAAGACACCUGCUCUUUCCAUGACAGACAGACCAGGUGAACCCAGGUGGGCUAAGGAAUGAAAACACUGGACACUGAAACAUUUGAAAACUGUUGCCUGGUCUGAUGAAUCCUGGUUCCUGCUAUUUCACGCUGAUAGGAGGACUAGGGUAUGGAGGAAACCACGAGUACAUGCAUCCAGUGGUGGAAAAAGUAUCUAACUGUCAUACUUGAGUGAAAUUAAUGAUACCUUAAUAGAAAAUGACUCAGUAAAAUACUACUUCAGCAAAAGUCUAAAAGCUUUUGGUUGUAAAUAUACUUAUGUAUCAAUAGUAAAAGUAAUUGCUAAAAUAUACUUCAUCAAAAGUAAAAGUAUGAAUAAUUUCUAAUUCCUUAAAUUAAGCAAACCAGACUGCACAACUUUUUAAAUUUUUUAUAUUACAGAUAGCCAGGGGCACACUCCAACACUCAGACAUCAUUUACAAAUGAAACAUUUGUAUUUAGUGAGUCCACCAGAUCAGAGGC